CAAUCAGAUAUCCAAGUCACUACCUCUCUUCUCCGCGGGUACAUCCUAUGUGAUGUGAUGUAAAUAAUGUUACCCUUAAUUUAGCUUAGGAAAUUGCAUGAAAUAUAAAUUCUUACGUCACAUUUUUUGAGAGAUGACACGCCAAUAGUGAUGAUCACCGCAAGCCGUCACAAAUAUAAGUUUUUUCUGCAGAGACAACGCGGCGCACGCUCACAAUAAUGGCCACGUACAGCUGUGCUGAUAUGGUGACUGUUUCAAGACUGCCCGUUCAUUUUCGAAGUCAUAGUGUUGGAUUGAUGUUAAUGGUCGCCCGUGUUGAUCCUCUAUUCGGAAUGUAAGGACAGACCUCAACUUUUGUGGACUACAGCAAAAGCAAUAUCACAGAAGAGAUUGGAAUUGUCUGCCGGUGGAAUCGUCUUUCGUAAGGUCUCUUAGCAACACUGGCUGGGCUCGGCCACUCCUCCCCAGUCUCUCCCCCUCCUCCGCCCUCCCCUUCUACUUUUUCUCUCCUGCUGUGCCCUCUGCCCCCUGCUGCACCACCCAUCCCGUGGAAAGUGCCCGUCCACCCCGGUAGGAUGCCCGCCCCGUCCUACUGUGCCCUGCGCCCCCUCCUGCCCGCCUUCACCGCCACCACCUUCUCCUCCGCUGUGCCCGUUCCUCUCGCCACCACAGCCGCCACUGCCCCGCCCUCCGAUGGCAUCGUCCCCGCGCACCGCCAUGGAUGAGGAUGAGGUGAGCGAGGUGAUCAGCACCAAUGCGCUGGCCUGGCUGGUGUGCUCGGCCGUGUCCAUCCUGGCCAACGCCUGGGGCAUCCUGAGCGUAAGCGCCAAGCAGAAGAAGUGGAAGCCGCUGGAGUUCCUCAUCUGCACGCUGGCUGCCACACAUAUCCUCAACAUGGCUAUCCCCAUCACCAUGUACUGCAUCAUCACCCUCCGCCGCCAGCACUCCAGCUACGAGUGGAACGAGGGCCUGUGCAAGGUGUUCGUGUCCACAUUCUACACCCUGACGCUGGUCACCUGCUUCUCGGUCACCUCGCUCUCCUACCACCGCAUGUGGAUGGUGCGCUGGCCCGUCAACUACAGGUUGAGUAACACCAAGAAGCAGGCGGUGCACACUGUGAUGGGCAUCUGGAUGGUGUCCUUCAUCCUGUCCACGCUGCCCGCCGUGGGCUGGCACGACACCAUUGACCGCUUCUAUGCCCGCGACUGCCGCUUCAUCGUCACGGAGAUCGGCCUGGGCUUCGGCGUGUGCUUCCUGCUGCUGAUCGGCGGCAGCGUGGCCAUGGGCAUCAUCUGCAUCGGCAUUGCCCUCUUCCAGACCUUUGCCAUCCACGCGGGCCACAAGGCUGACAAAAACAAGUUCAACGUGCCCACCAUCGUGGUGGAGGACGCGCAGGGCAAGCGGCGCUCGUCCAUCGACGGCUCGGAGCCGCUCAAGACCUCGCUUCAGAUCACCUACUUGAUCAGCGGCAUAGUCUUCAUCUACGACUUCCUUACCGGCUUCCCCAUCCUGGUGGUGAGCUUUGCCAGUCUGAAGUACGACCGCUCCUACAGCUGGAUGGUGCUGUGCGUGCUGUGGUGCUCCAUUGCCCAGUCCAUCCUGCUGCCCAUGUUCCUGUGGGCGUGCGACCGCUACCGCGCAGACGUGCGUAUGGUCUGGGAGAAGUGCGUGGCCAUCAUGUCUAACGACGACGUGGACGAAGAGGGCUUGCCUUGUAUAUCACAAUACAGUUUUCUCAGAACAAUGUGGAAUGUGCCCCCUACAAGAAGAUUCUCCCACGACGAAACCGACAUGUGGACCAGCGGCCAGAUCCCCUCCUACCUGCACCGCUGGAGCUCCACCGAGGACGUGAUGGGGAUGGCCCACUACAGCUCCAGCUUGCCACGCCACGAGCGCCACAGGACCAGCCUUGUCUCCUACCACGAGGAGAGCCACCCACACCGCAAGCGCCGGCGCUCCGAGGAUAGCGGGCACAUGCUCAAGCAGCUGCCGCGGGGGAGUGGCGGCGAACACUACGAGAAGGCGGAUUUGCGCUGCUUCAGCCGCGAUGAGGUCAUCAACAAGACCCCGCUGCCCAGCCACAUGAAGAGCCCGCGCCGCACCUCCACCAUCUCCCUAAUCCCGGACGUCUGUGAGCAGCACAUCUUGUACCCGCAUUUCCCACUCACUGACUUUGAGCAUGAGCCCCAGGCCCUGCGGCGCCUCUCGGAGCAUGGCAGGAGCUGUAGCCGGGUAGGGUCGCUGGAUGGCUCGCACAGGACGGGCGGCGGUGGUGGGGAAAGCUCUGGGAUGUGCCGUUCAGGUAAUGGUUCUCUCCGUGAACACCGGCGGGAGAGGACGCGCCAAGGAGAACUGUUCCCCAUGGGCCAAAGCCUACCGACUGUGGAGCACUCGUCUCGCAGGACAGGAGCCCACAGGGCUGGGCCAGACUGGGGGGACCACAAACACCUGACUACGGGAGAGAAUAAAGGAAGCACAAAUAGUUUUAUAAACUCACCUUCUGCAUCGCCCUCUGGAUAUUUCACAUUUCACUCAGAUUCCAUAGGAUCUGCCACCUAGAUAGGAGUGGAGAAAGUUAUUAUUAUUGUUGUUAUUAUUAUUACAGAACCAUGGCAUUGGGGUGGUUGAAAGAUUUAAAACUGGUAUAUCCUAAAUAAUUGUUGUUUUUAUUCAAGCUAGGACUUAUACACAGCUAUUAUUGGCUUUGUACACGUCAUGACUUGCCUACCUUUGCUUUAGAACCUGGUAGGCUAGACAACGUAGCAACUUUGAAAGAGGCUGUGCAAUUCCUGGGAGACAGUGAGCUUCACCACAAAGUGACUCAAACACAUUGGUUUUUACUACACCCAUCUCCUUCAUAUUCCACUUUUUUGUUUUGCAUAGUUUUCUAUUACGUCGUUUUCUAUUGAAAUUGGUAUUUUGUGACUUUUUUGCACUUACUCAACAUUUCAAAUCACAUUUUGGAGAUAUUUGAAAAGAGAUUAGAUUAAAGGCUAAAACUGCCGAUGUUCAUUUUUGUUGUGGUUAUGAAAAGUCUCUUUGAUGGAUGAUGAUUUGCUAGAUUUUUGGUCACAAUUAACAAGGAAGAGAGGGAAUGUUUUCAGGAAAUAUACAAGACGUUAUUUCUUCAUUAAGGAAACCCUGACGUUGUAUUGUGGCCUGCAUACCAUUAAAUAUCCUAUACUGACAAACAAAGA